GUUGCUACGUUAACGCGUGCUUUCGUCACCACGCAACCCAUCGACGUCAUUCCGCUAAGCGCGAAAUUCAGAUCACCGCGUUUAGAAACAAAACAAGCAGCUGUUCUUCCCGCCUCACAUCACAUUCACGGUAAACUCGAGAGCUCAGACAUGACGGAACCGGGCUGCUACUCUCCCAGCUUUAAAAAACCAUCCGAUGUUCUGCGGAUGAGGAGAAAACGCGCGCGGAGUGACACAUUCGGUGGGAAAGCGUCCAGUCCGGUGGUGUUGGCUGACGGAGUCCGCCCGUUCUCACCGGGCCCGUUGUUGAACGCACCGGGGCGCGCGGGAGUCAAGCGCAGAAACCCUUUCGCGAGUAUUGAAAACACGUACAACAGCCCCAAAAAAAGAGUUUUAUCAUACAGCGGCUCCGGUACCGGCGCUCCGGAGGGGAAAACGGCGGCAGCUGCGGGUCUAGAAGGAAAAAUAAAAGAUGAGCGUUUAAAUACCGGAGCUUUACUGAGAGAAGAGCUUUUACAACAACAACAACAACAACAUCAUUAUGAGAAAUCGGUUUCUAUCUCUGGAGAAGAUUCGUUGUUUGAAGAGGACCUGUUUGAACCCGAGAGUUCUGAUCCAGUUUUAAAGAGUCCAGAAGGUCGUCCGGUUUCUGAUGUUGAUCCGUGUGAACCGUGCCUGGAGUUCCCGGCGGAUUGGUCCCUCAAAACCCGUCUGCUGUUCACUUCUCCUCAGUCCUUUAGUUGGGCUGACCAGCCGAAGGCUCAGGAGGAAGCUCAGGGUUUGAACGCUCACUGCAGGGCUGCAUACGCCAACCUACCUGCUCAAAUACAGGACCCGCGGGGAUGUGCGGAGCUGCGUUGUGGUUUUCAGCAGUGUUUGCAGUAUUGGCAGCAUCCGUCUUUCUCAUGGCUCCCUCUCUUCCCGCGGAUCGGAGCCGAGCGCAAGUUUGCUGGCAAGAUGACGCCGUGGGCUCAAGACACCGGCCUGGAACAGAGUCUAAUGAGUGACUGGUCUGUGAGUCUGACGUCUCUGUACAGUUUACUGAAGUCCAGACUGUGUCCAUACUUCUACCUGUGUUCAUACCAGUUCACUGUGCUCUUCAGAGCUGCUGGUCUUAAUGGUUCCAAAAAUAUCAGCGCACUUAUGACUCCCACCACUAGAGGACUGCGUGAAGCCAUGAAGACUGAAGGAAUCGAGUUCACACUCCCCCUGCUGGAGGACAAGAAGAAGAGCAAAGAUUCAUCUGAGGUCAGCGAAGGCUCUCGACAGGCUGGUGGUGAAGAUCCGCUCAGGAGCUGUGAUGAUGUAAAAAGUGAUCACAGUGAAGAUGAAGAUGUGGGUGAUGAUGAAAUUGAUGAUGAUGGUGGAUUUUCUUGGUUGAAGGAGAUGGGCGUCCAGGACAAGAUUAAGAAACCUGAUGCUAUUUCUAUUAAACUUCGUAAGGAGCACAGAGAGGUUCGGUUAGAUCACAGACCGGAGUCGGUGGUGCUGGUCGAGGGUUCAAACACAUUCACUUUGCUGAACUUUCUGAUUAAUUGUAAGAGUUUGGUAGCUGGAGCCGGAUCUCAGGCCGGGCUUCCUCCAACACUUCUGGCUCCUACGGCUUUCAGAGGAGCCACACUGCACGCGCUAAAGGCACGUACAGUGAAUGUAAAGACUCAAGUUCGAGCGGGUUAUCAGGACGUGUGCAGUCUGGAGGUGACGGGACCCAUCAUGCCUCACACGCUGCAUGCGCUGACCCAGCUGUUAAAACCCGCUCAGAAGGGUGAAUUCUCUGUCGGCCUGUAUACUCAUGAACCCACCGCUGUCCUUAAUGUUCCCAUCAGUCAAACAUCUGAACUGGAGACACGGGACGGUGUGGUGCAGGAUCUGGUCAGGUGUGGUCUACAGCAGAGUACAGUUGAGCAGCUGGCCGUGCCUACAACACUGGGAAAAUCUGCUCUCAGACAGCUGCACAUGAAAGGACAUUCAUACAGCUGGAAGUCCUGAGACACAGACCACAUCUAUUCAUAUCUGUGACUAGCUGACACCAGUGACGCUCUUCUUACUGUAGUACAAGUGUGCCUGAAGUGACUUUAUAACUCUGAUAGUUGUUGUUUAUACUGCAACUAUUGACUAUCAUGUCAGUUUAAGCGUUUUAAUACCUGUUUUAUGUUUUAAACAUGUUAUUUUAUCAGGGAUAAACUUGUGUAGACUGCAGCUAAAUGUUUUUUUUUAGGCUAAUGUUGUAAUAUUUAUCACACCUGUAUGAAAUUGUAAUAUUAAAUGAAAUAUUUGAAA